UAGCUAAAACUACACGUUGUAUUUUGCUGCGCAUACUACUAGAGUACGCCUAUAAUUGCUACACAUGCCUCUUAUGAAAAUGACUCUUUAACGCCUAAACGAACUCACCCAGUUCUGACGUCACCUAUUUCUUCCUGCCCCGUUGUUAGCCACCCACCCCCCUUCGAAUUGAAAGUCCAUUGCCGACACAAUUUUUUUGGGAGUCCAAAUAAGCGAAAAAAGAAAAAUACACAACUUUUUUUUCUCCCCCUCACCUCGAAACUAAUUUUUCAAUUUUUAAACGAUGAACGUUCUCGCCAGAUCUGCCCGUGCUGCCAUGAAGCCUCUCUCCAUGGCCCGUUUCUAUGCCACUGAAGCCCCUGUUGCCUCUGAUGCUCUCCGUUUAACUUUUGUUGUCCCCCACAAGGCUAUCUACAAGGCCAGCGAUGUUCAACAAGUUAACUUGGCUGCUACCUCUGGUGACAUGGGUAUCCUUGCCAACCAUGUUCCUACCAUCGAACAAUUGAACCCUGGUGUCGUUGAGGUUGUUGAGAGUGCUGAAAUCACCAAGAAGUUCUUUGUCUCUGGUGGUUUUGCUACCAUUAACCCCGAUAACUCUCUUAACAUCAAUGCUGUUGAGGCCUCUCCUCUUGAAGAAUUUUCUCUCGAGCGUGUCCAAGCCGGUCUUGCUGAAGCUCAACGUAUCGCUUCCAGUGCCGCUACCGAUAAGGAGAAGGCUGCUGCCAAGAUCGAGGUUGAGGUUUACGAGGCUCUCCAAAGUGCUUUGACCAAGUAAAUUGUAUAAUACAACCAUCCCCAUAAAAAGAAGUUUUUCUUUUUCAAACAAAAAGCACACACACAAUAAUUAUAUAAACAAAUUUACGAAAAAAAAACAUGUAUAUCAUCCUUUCACCUGUUUGUGAAUGCCCAGUAUUACCCACAUAUUGCAUGACCUAAGCCUUUUUUUUAUUUUUCAAUAAUUGCAACGAAAUGCUUGCUCAUUAUUCAGUCGGAUGCAUUGAUUGCAGGCUGUGGUACGUGGUUAUGUCCAAGACCCCUUCUGAUUACAUAAAUUUAUGACAUAUUUGUGUAAUCUGAACCUCACCAUCUCUAUGCUUCACACACUUGAAUAAAUAAAAUCGAUAACAUAAUCAAAGCUUGAUGAUGUAACUCUGAUUUUUAUUUAUUUUAAAUAAAUCAUAACUCAUGGGCUAUUCUUUUUUC